AUGGGUGCAGGUGCUGAGGUGACACUCGGUGCAAAGGCUGCAGCCGCCCUGGACAGGGAGCUGAUGAGCACAGGCGCCUUCUCCAUCGACCAGCUCAUGGAGCUCGCAGGACUGUCUGUAUCCCAGGUUGUGUACCGCGUCCAUCCCCUCAACAAAGGCCGCAGGGUUCUGGUCGCUGUCGGCCCUGGCAACAAUGGGGGUGACGGUCUUGUGGCAGCCCGACAUCUGCGCCAUUACGGUUAUCAACCAACCAUUUACUACCCCAAACGCAGCAAAAACGAGCUUUACCAGCGCCUCGCCAAACAGUUGGAAGACCUGGAUGUUCUCUUCGUCGACGAUUUCCCCAAGGCGUUGAGCUCGGCUGAUCACGUUGUCGAUGCUAUUUUUGGUUUCAGUUUCUCUGGAGAAGUUCGAGAGCCGUUCCCAGCCGUCAUCAAUGCAAUGGCGGAGACCCAGGUCCCGGUGACCUCCGUGGAUGCCCCCUCAUCUUGGGAUAUCGAGGAGGGCCCGCCCAAAAGUGGUGUCGGUAGUAAUUUUCACCCUAACUUCCUGAUCAGCUUGACAGCUCCAAAGCCCCUUGUCAAACACUUCAAGGGCCGUCACUUCAUUGGAGGACGCUUCGUCACACCCGCAAUCGCAGCAAAAUAUGACUUUGACGUUCCCGAGUACGAAGGGCUCGAUCAAGUUGUCGAGGUUGAACCCAGGGGUCAAAAGCUCUAA